GCAUCUAUAUAAAUCUAUCCCAACCAGAGGCUAUGUACAAGAACAAGAGUGAUAGGCAAAACAAACUACAAUGGCUAAACUUAUUUUCUCAUUUCUUCUCAUGAUUAUUUUUACUUCAGUGAUCCAAGAUGUCUAUGCCGGUGGAGAAGGAUCACUUCGUUCAGACCAAUGUGCGGGUGCAUGUGAUGUUCGUUGUUCAGCAACUAUGUACAAGAAGGCGUGUUUAACCUAUUGCAACAUUUGUUGUGCAAAAUGUUUGUGUGUUCCAUCAGGAACAUAUGGUCACAAGGAAGAAUGUCCAUGCUACAAUGACUGGAAAACUAAGAGAGGAACACCCAAGUGUCCCUAGAUUUUCUAUUGCUCAUGCAUAAAUCUAUGUCAAAGUAUUUUUUGUGUUUCUUGAUUAUUAAUAAAUAAAAAUAUUAAUAUGUUGAAAUAAAAUUUUCAUAUUAUAUA